UCUGCGAAAACCACUGGCUUAAUUCAUUAAUGUAUAUAUAUUUUGAGGUGACCCAGCAAAUACCGAGAUAAAUCACGACAGAAUGCUUAGUUUGAAAAACAUGUACAAAUUGCUUCCUCAAAUUUCUGACUUUCCCAUGAUCUCUGAGACCACAACAAAAGACACCAUUCCGCCAGAGUUUCUCACCGAAGCAGUGUUUGCUGGAGCAGGUAGCUUCUGGAGCCUAGAAGCUGCGUUUGGGCGUAUAGAAGGAGUUGUGAAAACUGCUACUGGGUAUUAUGGAGGAACCCUGAAAAAGCCUUCAUAUAGAGAGGUCUGUGAAGGAUUAACAGGGCACACUGAAGCAGUGAAAGUUAUAUACGAUAAAAGGAGAAUCCCAUACAAAUUUCUGUGUGACAUUUUCUGGGAAAGCCAUGAUCCCACCAAUAAAGACUACCUAAGCUUUGGAGUAAGUACGCACCAAAGAUCUGCAAUCUUUUACAGCAACGAGAAGGAGAGGAAGGAAGCACAGGAGUCAAAGAUCAGGCGGCAGAUGAAGCUGAACAAGAGGAUUGUGACCAAAAUCACACCCUCUGAUGCAGAUUUCUUCGUGGCAGAAAACCAACAUCAGAAGCAUUAUCUGCAGAAGAAGUACAGGGUGUGUGAAAGUCUGGGGCUACGAAGCACUGAGCAAUUUGUGGAGUCAAACAUAGCUUGCAAACUCAACGGGAUUCUAGCCAUGGAAGCACACCUGAUUAUUGAUGAGCUGAGGAUAUUUUUGCAAACCCAAGAGAUGCCAAUGCAGACAAAGUUAGCAUGCGAAGAAAUGAUUGAAGAACUAAGCAAAAUUAAAGUUGAAAAAACCCCAAAUUCUCUGAGCAUCAUGUCUUGGAAUUAAUUAAUUAAUUUUAGGGUUCCCAAGACAAGAUUCAUAAAUUUGGGCUCACGAAAAUUUCCUAAUGCUGUGGUGGAAAGGCUUCCAUGUCAUGCAUGGUUGCAAACUGCACCAAGGAACAUGGAGCAUGUUUCACUGAAAAAAAUAAUACUAUUAAAAAAUAAAAAUAAAAAGGCCUGGAGUCUGGACCACGUGAGCCGACAUUAGACAUCGAGGUCAUCUAGGUGAAUUUUUUUUUUAAAAUUUUUUUUGGGGCCUGAGUCUCUCUUUUUAGUUGUGUAAUUAAGUGAGUUAA